AUGAGUACAAAAAACAGCUUUCAGAAAGAAGAAAUACUAUCUUCACCCUCUUCUAAAAAUUCCAAUAAUGAUGAUUUUUUUUCCUUUGAAGCAAUAAUUACAAAAUUUAAAAAUAAAUCUCAUGAAAGAAGAAAAAAAAAACAUAAUGAAAUUCAAUCAUUGUAUCUAAAGAAUAUAAAUUCGAUCGAAAAACAAUUAAAAUCAAUUAUAGAAAAAAAUAAAGCCAAAAUAGCUAAACAAAAUUCUCAAAAAAUAGACCAGCUAAAACACCUCCUUAAACGCAAAAAAGAAAACGAACAAAUGCUUAUAAAAGAAGUAGAAGCAAUAGAAGUAUUGAUAACAUGUUAUUUUAGAAAACUAAUAAUAUUAGAUAAUUUUCAAUAA